AUGUCCAAAUCGCCCUCAAAGCCCAAGUUCGAAGUGCGUGGCUACUCGGAACACAAAACUCCCGCUCCCGCCUCCCCCUCCGCUAGCACAAUCCUAGUCUCGCCGUCCAACGAGAUCCUUCUUCUUCACCGCGUCCAAACCUCUAGCGCCUUCCCCUCAGCACACGUCUUCCCUGGCGGAAACCUCGAGGCCUCCGAUGGUGAGGUCUCCUCCGACCCCAAGGAUGUGAACCGACAUAAAGAGUCGCUCGCCUACCGCACCGGCGCCAUCCGCGAACUCUUCGAGGAAACAGGAAUCCUCCUGGCUCGGUCAUCCAGCUCGGCGAAAUCCCUCCUGCGGAUCUCGCGCGACACGCGAAAGGCCGGCAGACAAGCCGUCCACAGCAAUAAUCUAAAAUUCAAGGAAUGGCUUGCCCAAACUUCUGGGCCGGAUGCCGUGCUGGACACAGACCGUCUGCUACCUUUUACGCACUGGGUUACUCCGCCCAACGUGCCCAAGCGGUUCACGACCCAGAUGUAUGUUUACUUUGUCGACCCGUCCGAGCAGGGAAACCCGAGUGUGCAUGCGACGGCGGACCGGAUCGAGACGAUGGCGCCGGAGUGGCGGAGGGCGAGGGAUUGGUUGAGUAUGGCGCGCAGUGGGCAGAUCAUCCUGUUUCCGCCGCAAUUUUUGCUGUUGCAUCUCGUGUCUGAAGUACUUGAUGGGCCGGGGGAUAGCAAAGAGGAUGUGCUCAGGAAAAGGGAGACGUUGAAGAGGAGGAUUGAAACGGAGGGCAAUCCCGUGCCCUGGAAGGACAAGUUCAUCAGUCCGAUCGGGAUGAGCUUCGGGGAGGAUGGACGGUCAGUCCUUGCACUGGAUAAACCCGGCCCAGAGCUGAAAGACAGCGGGCUGAAGGGCGACGAGGAGUAUGUCGUGCUCGUGAAGUUCAACAAGGAGGGCCCGAGAGACGUAGAGGUUGGUUUGAGAAAGGAAGUACUCAAGGAGAGGAGGGAGAAAGGCGUGGACAAGGGGAGCAAGUUAUAG